UUCAAAGGUCUCGUCAGGCAGAGGUGACGCCAGGAGAUGAUUUAAAGGUGAAAAUGACAAGGUUUCCAGCCCUCAAACCUUGGUUCCUUUUCUGACAAUACAGUCUGAAUGAACCCAAUGUCUUCUUUACUGUGGGAGUAGCAUCGGAAGAGAAAAACAUAUUUUUUAAAUCCUGAUAAAGAAGAUUAUUGGGAAGCUCUUUUUAAAAAAAUCUCCAGUUGUGGCACAGAUGGAUUUUAGAAAGUGUUAGAGCUUUCCAAUGAACACUAAUAGAGUACUCUGCUCUUGGCUGGAUUUUUCAGAGAAUGGCAAUGGUCUCUGCGAUGCCCUGGGUCCUGUAUUUGUGGAUAAGUGCUUGUGCGAUGCUGCUCUGCCAUGGAUCCCUUCAGCACACUUUCCAGCACCAUCACCUGCGCAGACCAGAAGGAGGGACAUGUGAAGUGAUCGCUGCGCACAGAUGUUGUAAUAAGAACCGCAUUGAGGAGCGAUCACAGACAGUCAAGUGUUCCUGUCUACCUGGGAAAGUGGCUGGAACGACAAGAAACCGACCUUCCUGUGUCGAUGCCUCCAUAGUGAUUGGGAAAUGGUGGUGUGAGAUGGAACCUUGUCUAGAAGGAGAAGAGUGUAAGACACUCCCUGAUAAUUCCGGAUGGAUGUGCGCUACAGGCAAUAAAAUCAAGACCACAAGAAUUCACCCAAGAACCUAACGGAAGCAUUUGUUAUAGUAAUAAAGGAAAACCUACUCUGUGGAAAAUACAUUUUAAGAAUUUAAAACAUCUUAUACAUUAGAAGCCAAAUGGAUUUCUUAUUUGUACUCUGACUGAUUACCAGAUAAUCACAGUGCUUUUACUGUGUGUCACGAAGUCUCCUAGAGUGAGAAGACCCGGAGUUUUGGGCAACACCAUGGAAAGUGGGUUAAGGAGAAAAAGGGUUUUCUCAAUGCAAAUUUUUGGGAUCACAAAGAAAGAUCAACUGUCUUCUAAUUUGGAUCUAUAGUUACUUUGUACCACUUGAAAUAUAUGUAUAUAUAUAUAAUAUUUUGAAAUAUUAUAUAUUCUCUUCAAAAAAUGAACUGUACCACAGUUUGAGGCGGCUGGUGUACCUCUGAGUUUUGGAUGUUUUGUUUUGUUUUGUUGUCAUUUCUUUUUCUAUCGGCAAGGAACUCACGUGCCCUUUUGAGAGGUCGGCAUGGCACUCACACUGGAAGGCCAGCUACAGGUGGACUCCUGGAAUCUGAGAGAUCAGAACGAUACUGAGUCAAAAGCUUCCUUCUCUUUCUACCAGAUGGCCCAAGGAAGCACAUCGUCCUGUUUUAUUGUUUUCUACCCUGUGCAAUAUUAGCAUGCAAGCUUGGCUUACAUAACCAUACUUUAUAUUCAACUGGUAUAUAAUAACCAUUCUAACCUCUUCCAGGAAAAUAUUUUUAGAACUACUAGCUUUUCCACAGGUAAGAAAAAUGAGGAUUCUUGAGGGAGCCCCUCCACCAUGCUAUUAAGACUCUGUCAGAGUGAUGGUCAAAUAUGGAUCCCUGUAUUAAGUUCUGUAAAUACAAUGUCUUAAGGCUUUGUAUAGCUGUCCUAGACUGCAGAAAUGUCCUCUGAUUAAAUCCAAAGUCUGACAUCAUUAAUUACAUAGUGCUGCAGCAACGAGUCUUAUCACAGCACAUCUUUCUAUGUUUGAUUUGCUUUUUCCAAGAGUAUUCAGAUCUCUUCUGGUGAGAUGGGAAGACCAUUAAAGAAAUUAGGUUUCAGAAUGACCCGUGUGACCAAAUGUUGGACAGCCCUAUUAAAGUGGUAAAUAACUUCUUUCUAAA